UCUCCUCUCUUUCUGCUCUCAUCUCCUUUGCAACCUCUCUCUCUCUCCAUUUUCUGUUCAUAUCAACUUAUCAAGGAGGUAGUGUAAGAGGAAGAACAAAACAAAAUGUUUUUUCAGAGAAAGAAUUCAAAGAAAGUGAAGGACUCCAACGGAUCGUCAUCGAAGAAGGACAAAGAUAGCCGCAGGAAGAACAUUUUCGAUAGUGCCAACGGAGGACUUGGUUCCAUUGUAGGAACUCUCCAGACAACAAAGAACGAUGCCGAAGAGAGCGCGGGAAAUCUUCAAGAUGAUGUGAAGACGACCCUCGGAUCAAUCAUCCAUAUUGAAGGACAUUCAGAGGCCAGACAGUCCAAGGAUCUAGAGCAAGGAAGUGAAGAACAAGGGAAGAAAGAUAUGGAAGCCUUCAACAAAGUCAUUGACAAGGUCAAGGAUGUGAAGAGUAACCCAGAAGUGGUGGAGAAACUGGACAAGGUCAAGGAAGAAAUCACCAGCCUUGCUCAUGCUUUGCAUCUGGGGAAACAUGAUAAGGAGCCUGAGCCUGAGGAGAAGGCGAAGGAAGGCGAGGCUGCGAAGAACGCCGACGAGGGCGCCUCCGCCAGCAAGGCCGAGGACUCCAACGUGGCGGUACAAGCCGUGGAGGAAAUUCAGGCCGUCGUCGCUGCCGUGCAGCAGCAGCUGCACCCAGGAGCAGAAGGAGCUGCGACUGAAACUGCAAACGAGGCUGAGGCUGCUGCUGAAACUUCAGCAGCAGCAGCAGCAGGAGAGGAGCCUGAAGAAUCAAAGAGGGAUGUGGAGAAGGAUGAUCCGUCGAAGCGGCUCGGCUUCAUUGGCUACUUUGCAAUGCUGUUCGAGAGGUUCUGCAACCCUGGGAACAAGAAAAAGGAUUGAGCUUGGCAGAAUCUGAUCAUGUGGAUUUUAUUCUUUUUUGUGUGUGUGCGUGUGUGUGUGUGUGUUCUUGGAAACUGAAGAAUGAUGUCCAUGGGGGCUGUGGAUGGAUGGAUGGAUGGUGUACAGUUUGCAGUUGUGUGCUUUCUUUCUUCAAUUGUUUUCUGCUUUUGGUGUUCUA